GAAAUGGGUUGUUCCACUGUCAUGAGGUAAACAGAAGCAACUUCCGCGUUUGACAGUAAACAGUUUCUGGAGUUAAUUUCAAACAUGGAUCACCGCGUUUUUCUCGUUUUAACCUUUCUAUUCUCCAACACCGUGUCACAGUUUGUGCCGCCGUAUACAGAAGACUGCCGGGCGGGCAUGUAUCCACCCAGCGGUCCCACGUUCAGAGGAGCUGUGCGCUGGUACACGGUGGACCUGGACUUACCACCCAGCAAGAGAUGGGCCCCUGUGAUCACUGAAAGAAAAAAUGAUCUGGUCAACAUGAUUCAAGCAAUAAGGGAUCUGGCUAAUGCUUUUGUGCCCAGCGGACGGCUGAUAGAGCUGGUUGACAUUGCGCUGCCUUUAAUGGUAGACACAUUACCAAGCCCGUUUAAUGAGGAAAUCAAAGGAAUUGCUGAUGUUUCAGGGGUUCCUCUUGGUGAAGUUGUGUUGUUCAAUAUUUUCUACGAGGUGUUCACAGUGUGCACAUCAGUUGUUGCAGAGGACAGCAAAGGCAACCUCUUUCAUGCCAGAAACUUAGAUUUUGGAUUAUUUCUGGGCUGGGAUGUAAAGAACAAGUCGUGGACCAUCAGUGAGAAGCUGAAGCCUCUGGUGGUUAACCUCGACUUCAAGAAAAACAACAAGACGGUCUUCAAGUCCACAAACUUUGCUGGAUAUGUGGGCAUGCUCACCGGCAUCAAGCCUCAUAUGUUCACUCUGACCAUGAAUGAGCGCUUCAGCCUUGAUGGAGGCUACAUUGGAAUCCUGGAAUGGAUCUUGGGACAAAGAGACGGGAUGUGGAUGAGCUUUCUCACUCGAACUGUUCUAGAAAAAGCAACCAGCUAUGAGGAAGCUAAGAGUCUUCUGGUUCAGACCAAGAUGCUCGCUCCGGCGUACUUCAUCCUCGGGGGGAACCAAACGGGGCAGGGAUGCAUCAUCACCCGCUCCAGGACACUAAGUAUUGAUGUGUUGGAGCUCGAUCCAAAGCUGGGCCGCUGGUACGUCCUGGAGACAAACUACGACCACUGGAAGGAGCCGUUUUUCCUGGAUGACCGCAGGACUCCCGCCAUGAAAUGCAUGAACCAGAUCUCGCAGACGAACAUCACUCUGAGCACACUGUAUGACAUGCUCUCAACCAAACCAGUGCUAAACAAGCUGACCACUUACACAACGCUGAUGCAAGUGUCAGAAGGGAAGCUGGAGUCAUACAUCCGGGACUGUCCGAACCCCUGCAUGCCCUGGUGACCUCCAUAACCCUCAAUCCUGAUCACGUUGGAUCUGACUGAUUGUGGCACAAAAAAAGCUUUAACUGCACAACUAGUGAUGUGAAACUGUCAAGUUCUUUUUUUAAUAGUUUUUAUUUUUAAGGAUCCUUUGCACCAAAGAAACAAAUGUGUACGAGAGAGUUUUGUUGUCUUUGCCGUUCUAGUUUCUGUGGAGGCCACUGGCUGAGUGACCCUCAAAGAUAUUUCAUUUCAUGUGAGGUUGAUCCUAAUCAGGAUCAAAGAGAAUUCUAUGAAUGCAGAGAUAAGUGAUAACAACUAACCAAAAUCCAGCUCUAGAUCCUGUUUUGCUUUUUCUGUUCACAUGUUCAUUUACUUAAUGAUGAAAAACGUUGAUCCUUAGUUUUUGAUUUAAUAAAAGUUUCCAGAUUUAAAUCUUU